CGGGACGAUAAUCGGAAACCGAAUGCCGGCUGAAGCCGCGUUUUCGGGAAACAGGAGAAAAGAAUGCAGCGCGUAUAAUUAAGUAUAGUAGAAGGAGCCUCAAGAUUUUUUGCUCCGUAUGAACAUGCGAGUACUUUCGAAGAAGGUAGAUGUAGAACAGAAAUGGAAAUGGUGUGCAAAUCUGUGGCGUCUUUGACUCUGCCUAUAAGUGUUUAGUGGGAACGGCAUACUACUACCUGUAGUAUACCUGUGCUACUAUGCAAGAAAAAGUCUUUUUCUUUUUGUGUAUGAUUGAGCAGAGACGUCGCGCAAGUCUGUUUGUGUAUGAUUGUAGUGCAGAAAGAACAGCUGCCAUUGUUUUGAGAAGUUCAUGCGAUUACGUUAUUUUGCUUUUGCUAUUGAAAGAAGAAAUAGGGGGACGAAAAAAUAAGAAUUUUUGGAAGGUGUGCAUGUAGUUCAUGUUUUGCAUGAUAAGUAUAUCUGACUGACACGAUGAAAAAGAAGAAAAGCAAUCGUAUAAAAUGGAGAACCAGGAAAGGGUAGUACGCUUCGGGUAAGCUGCAGCCGCAUCACUCAACUUAAAACCUGUAGGUUCAGACUUAGAGCGUAGGAACAAAAUGAAAAAAAAACUACAACACAUCAAACACCAACAGUGACGAGACAGCAAUAGAAGAAGAAGGAGACGUAAAUCGUCGGCCCCAGCGGUAUUUCUCGCCAGUGGCUGGAUCACUUUUUUCAGAUCUCUGCUCCUUUUAUGCUUCAAACAGUUGCGGUCCACCGCUAAGGCUUAACUAUGACUACAGGAGGGAAUGCCAGUUGUGAGCAUGUUGAAACAGAUGAAGCCCUGACCAAUUAAUAACAAGAGUUAACUUUUUGAUCAUUGCACAU